ACCCUCAUGUCUCCAGGAGCACCUUAUCAAGAUGCACCCGGAGAAAGCAGACAAGGAGCGUCCCUUCUUCCAGGCCCUUAAAGAUAAGCAUGGUAGGAGCACCAUCAGCAGUCUCUUCUCUAGGAAGACCAGCCAGAGUGAUAGUGGGUUACUGGCGUCAUACAACAUCUCCCUGCUCAUAGCUAAAUGUGGACAGCCGUUCACAAUCGGAGAGAAGUUGGUGCUCCCUGCCAUCAAAGAGGUCAUCUCUACGGUGAUGGAGCGUGAUCCCACACAUGUGCUGAAAUCGCUCCCACUCAGCAAUGACACCGUGGCACGCAGGAUUAAUGAAAUGGGCGCUGAUACAGAGGAGCAGCUGUGUGUCAUCCUGCAGGACUCUUAUUUCAGCAUUCAGCUGGAUGAGACAACCACCUCAGACAACAACGCCCUGCUGAUGUCCACUAUAGGGCCUCCAACAGUGUCUGAAGCACUUACCGAUGACCGCCUCCUCAUUUACAUUGACCACCUGAGGAUGGUUAAGGCCGACAUGGAGAUCCGCUUCAAGGACCUCCUGGACCUCGAUGUUCCCAUCUGGGUGGUGCAGCCCUUUCAGGCAGACGUGGUAAACAAAUGCGAGCCCGCAAUCCAGGAGCAUCUUAUCGACAUUCAAUGCGACGAUGAGGCCCAGGCUACUUUCCUCACCUCUGACUGGGGCAGCAUGUGGGUCAAAUAUGCUGAGCUUUACCCGGCUCUCUGGGAGAAGAUCAAGCUGCUUCUUCUUUCCUUUCCCACAACAUAUCUGGUUGAACAGGGAUUCAGCCAGGUCCUCCACAUGCAGUCCAAGUAUCGAAAUCGCUUGGACUUGAUGGACUCCGGCGCACUACGGCUGAAACUAACUUCUCUGCAAUCCGCAGUGAAGAAACUGACUGAGAAACACCAAGUGCAGGGCUCACACUAACUAUGAAAGCAAGUUAGCUUAUUCUUUUUAAAGUUAAGAGGAAUCCUUGCUAUUUUGCAGUACCCUCAGAAUUGUUCCUUUGUUGGUGUGCAAAUUGUGUCGCAUUUCUGAGGCUGCUGUGU